CUUCCUCUGUGAAAAAAUUCUGACGUCUUAUCAAUGAUUUUGUUUACGAAAAAUUAAUAAUAAUUUUCGUUUUCAUAAAUAAAAAUCAAGAUCAAGAGCAGUCGCCGGAUAAUUUGAUCACUCUACUUACUCUACUCGGAUUUUCAAUUUCACAUCCACGUAAACUCUCAUUUCAAUUCAUUCUUCAACUAAUAAAACCUCAAAAUGGGUAAACGACAGCAUCAAAAGGAUAAAAUGUACUUAACGUACACCGAAUGGACUACACUAUACGGUGGCAAAAAAGAAGGAGUCGAUAAAGGUAAUUUUAGACGUCUGCCUUUCGAUCAUUGCUGUGUUUCGCUUCAACCAUUUGUGAAAGCUUGCUGCGAUCAAGACGGGAAUAUUUUCGACUUACAAGCCAUAAUCGGUUAUUUAAAGAAAUAUAAACAUAAUCCAGUCAACGGAAAGCCUUUAGAUUUGAAGAAACUCGUUAAUUUGAAUUUCGUGAAAAAUGAAAAAGGCGAAUACCAUUGCCCAGUAUUGUAUAAAGUAUUCACAAAUCAGUCACAUAUGGUGGCGAAUUCCAAAUCUGGAAAUGUGUUUUCGUACGAGGCCGUCGAACAACUCAACAUUAAAACAAAAUCAUUCAAAGAUUUAAUCACCGAUGAACCGUUUCAAAGGAGCGAUCUGAUCAUUUUGCAAGAUCCUACGGACUUGUCUAAAUUCAACAUUAUGUCAUUUCAUCACGUUAAAAACAAUUUCAGAGUUGAAACCGAAGAGGAAUUGGAGUUCCGAGCUGAAGGAAAUAUGGGUAUAUUGAAAACCGUUGCUAAUGAGACUAAAGUCAUCUUGAACGAAUUAGAACGCGAUUAUAAACCUGCUGAAGCUGAGAAACAAGCCGAUAAACCUAAACUUGAUAAAUUUAAUGCUGCACAUUAUUCGACUGGAAAAGUAGCAGCUGGAUUUACAUCCACUGCUAUGGAUCCUGUUACUUUACACGAAGCUGCUGUUAUCGAUGAAGAUGUAGUAAGAUACGAACGAGUUAAGAAGAAAGGAUACGUUCGUCUCGUUACUAACUUCGGUCCUCUGAAUAUUCAACUAGACAGCGAUAUUGUACCAAAAACUUGUGAAAAUUUUUUAAAAUUAUGUCAACGCGGAUACUACGAAAAUACUAAAUUCCAUCGAUCGAUUCGAAAUUUCAUGAUUCAAGGUGGAGAUCCAACUGGAACUGGAACCGGAGGAGAAUCGAUAUGGAAAAAACCAUUUGAAGACGAAUUCAAACCAAAUUUAACCCAUUCCGGUCGUGGUAUUUUAUCGAUGGCGAAUUCCGGCACCAACACGAAUAAAUCACAAUUUUUCAUAACAUUCCGUUCCUGUCGUCAUUUGGACAAUAAGCAUACAGUGUUUGGAAAAAUAGUCGGAGGAAUGGACACGUUAAAUAUGAUCGAACAGGUCGAAGUGGACAAUAAAGACAGACCGAUCGAAGACAUUAUCAUUUUGAAAACACAAGUAUUCGUAGAUCCGUACCAAGAAGUCGAUGAUCAGUUGGCUGCCGAUCGAGCGGCUGAAAUCGAGAAACAAACCGCCGAAGAGAAUAAGAAAACCGGAGUAGCCGUAGGAGCAUCGACUAAAGUUUUCAAACGAGGAAUUGGCAAAUACAUAAAUCCAGAAGUGGCCACGUCCAAAACCAGAGAAGAAGCAACGGAACCUGUAGCAACGACUCCUUUGAGAAAAAAGAAGAAAGGGAAUUAUGGAAUUGGAAGUUUAAACGUAUGGUAAACAGUGUUAGUUCCAGUACCUAUUCCAGCAAUAACGAUGACGAUUAUGGUCCGAUUUUGGGACAGACGAAAAACUAUUGGACGUUAUCCUUCUAGAGAUGAAUUGAGACCGAGAAAAAUUCACAUUGUAAGUAGAAAGAUGUUCCUUCUGUAUCACGUCUGGUUUCUAUGAAACUGCGAAAGAGAUUUUAAAGUAAUUUUCAACUAUCGAGUGAACGUUUUGUCGAGCGUUCAUGGUGAAGAACUUUUUUUAGAUAUUUAAAAUGUAUUUGCGAUUUAUUCCUGACUAUGUGUUUUAUGUAUAUCAUUGUUUUUAUGUUUUUUUUUCUGGUUUUAAAAAUUGAAAAGAAUAAAUUUCAAUCAACUAA